CUGAAAGUGGGUGGGAGUUUCUAAUGCUUGCUACUUCAAGGUUACGUACUCAAGUUGCGUAGCUUAUCUCUGACUAUUUGCCACACAUCAUUUACACGAUAACUCAUAUAGUGGAGUGACAUCAGGGUAGUGUUUCUUAAAACAUACUAAUGACCGAAUAAACUAUACACGUUUUCAUUAUUUAUCUUUGAUCAGCCUUAGUAAACUCUGGAAGAGUGGAACACAAUAUUUUUCUGUACUAUGUUUUGUUGGAGGUUGAAUAAUAUCUCCUCAGUAUAAAUAAUGUCAUCUGAUUAUUCAGACAUGCCGUUACCUCCUAACUGGGAGUCUCGACUCGACUCAGAAUCCGGCCACUGGUAUUAUAUCAAUCAUGAGGAUAAGACUACUAGUUGGGAUGAUCCACGACCUGCAUAUUAUUCUGCUCAACAAUUAGACCUUUUAAAUACUUAUCGAAUGGGUUUUGGUGAUCGACAAGAUUUAAUUGGUGAAUUUUUCGACAUACCUGAAAUUUCUUCUAAGUCACAAAAAAAUUCAAAAUCUGUUAACCCUAAACCAUGCGAUGAUCAUAGUAAAGAUGGUCCAGCUACAAAAACACAUCGUAGUCGAAUUGAACCAAAUGGAGAAAAUUCAUCAAGAAAAGAUACUUAUUCCAAAGGAAGACCUACUUCAACACAUCGUAAUCGUGAAUCAAAAUCAAGUGUUUGUUCACAAAAUGAUAAUGAAUCAUAUCAUUCAUCAGUUUAUUUUUCACCGAAAACUAAUAAAAAAUCUAAAUAUGAUUCAUUAUUAUCAAAAACACCAACAGAUAAUGAUGAUCACAAUGUUGAUGAUAAUGUUUUUGCUACGGAAUCAAUUAAAAAAGGAGACACAUCAGAAUCCACACAAAAUGAUAAAGAGUCACUUCAAAUCAACAGGUUGUCGCUAGAAAAACACGUUGAUACUGCUGUUACUACUACAACUCUUACUUCCAAUACCGUUAUUCUCACUGAAAAUAAUCCAUUGCAAAAGGUUAAUACUACAGAAAUAUCGGUUGAAAAGCAGUCAUUGAAUAAUGGAUCAUCUAGAUAUACAGACCAAACCAUGGGUUUAAUUCUUUGCUCAACUGAAAAAUUACAUCGUUAUCAACCUAUUGGUCCAAAUUCUAAAUUACUCGGUUCACGUAUAAUUCCACAUGGUCCGAAUCCUUUAUUUGUUCAUGGACCAAAUCCAUCAUUAGUACAUGGUUCAAUUUAUCAAUAAGAAUACAUCUCUUCUCCUUAUUCAAUAUAACAAUGUAGUGUCGGUUACUAGAUUAACUUCACAUAGAUUAUUCUAGCUUUGGGACAGGGUAAUUUAUUCAUUGUUCUGGAUUCACAUCUUGACCUUGUUUAUUAUUCGCUUAUGUAGGUGUAUGUGUGCAUUUCCUAUCUUACUCAUCAGAUGUUUGUAAUUUAUUUGUAUCUGGCUAAAUAAAUAUUGAUUAACGCUUGAUUAAAUAAGAGUUGGCUCAUAUAUCUUCUCCAUUGUGCAUCAUUUCGUUUCGCUUCAUUCACUGCAAUUCUCUAAUAAUCUCCACAACCCCUAUACUAGUAAUUAACAUGUGCUCACUAGUGACUAGCUUCGUGAGGGAAUUCUCGGAGUUCUAGUGAGAAGCCGUGAUCAGUGGAGCUAAUCCUUGUCGGGUAGAGACAGGUAUCUACCUCAGUACAAUGGAAGUUGGUCGCGCAAUUUCGUGGAUUGGUUGAUGUUAGAAACUAUCACCAUUGGAUGCCGGUUCAGUGGUCCAGUUGGUUAAGCGUUCGCGCGCGAGACCGAAGGCCCUGGGUUCGAAUCCCGCUCGCGGGAUCGUGGAUGCGCGCUGCUGAGGAGUCCCACAAUAGGACGAAACGGCCGUCCAGUGCUUCCAGGUUUUCAAUUGUGAUGGUCUAACAUUAAUCGGUUCAUGAUCUCAAUCAAAAAAAUUCUCUGAUUGUUUGUUCCAAUCAACGAGUGUAUAAAAUAUACACAUUCAAAGAUCCAUUCUCGUAUUUAACUUAUUUGAUUGCGUUAUUCAAUAGUUAUACAGGAGAAUAGCCAAUAUGUAUAUCAUCUCAACAGUAAUCAUAAGUGAUCUAACUGGAAUCAGAUUUCAGCCUAUUAAAACAAUACAGAUUUUAUUCAUUGAUAAUGAAAGCGUUUAUUUAUUACUUAAACACAUACAUUCAAUAAUGAAUACCAGAAUCACCAUUGUGAUAUACAACAAAUGCUAUUUUCUUAUAGAGAAACCUUUCAUUGGAUAACUUUUCUAUGUUGGAGACUCUUGGUGACAUGGCUCAGAAUCGAUCACAAUGGCGUCAGUGUAUACACUCCCUGUCUUCCCUUAAACUAAGAGAUUAAAAUCACUUCAUAUCUUUCUUUCUACGAACUAAUUCUUUCUUCUUAUACUAUAUCCUUAUUGCAACCUUUGACCUAACCACUGUUAUGAAUCCGGUGUUCAUCUUGUCGUGCUAAUGAGGUAUGGCAACCUGGAUCGAUGCACAUAUGUGCCUGGUCCUACGUUGUAGCUGACUGACUUUUCUAUGUUGAAUUGUUAUAUCCCGAUAAGAAUAAUGAAUGGUAACUAUUAGAAUCCAUUUAUAGAGCAAUAAUAAACGUAUAUUUUUAUCGUAUAAUUGUUAAGUAAUUAAACUACGCUUAUUCAUGGUGCUCUUAUUAUAAACUUUCAUUUGACCUAUGAACUGUUAUUAUACGAUUUAUCAUUCUUGAGUUAUUCUCUGUCAAUCAAUUACUCUAUCUCCAUUAUUCACAGUCACAUUUAGCUAAAUCUUGUACAAGUGUUGUUUCCAAUUUUAUUGGUACAAUGUGGUCUGUCUGGUUGGUAAUAUAAACCUCAUAAAUGAUUCAUGUCACAGAGGCUAAAAUUGAUGUUCUAGAUCGAACUGGCUGAGCUAGGCACGAAACAGGACUGAGAAGGACUCUAGACUGCUUGCAUGAGUUUUAGGCGUCAUUGGUCCGAUUGAUAAUUCACUACUCUCUAAUUGGCGGUAUCAUUACGUUCUACAUUAACAAGACACACAGGCCACAAGUUAUAACAUGAAUAGAUCUAACAUUCUUUAAACUAAGAUCAAACAAAAUGAAUGAGAAGCUUAUCUCAAUUCAAAUAAUAACUAAAUCUAUUUAAUUGUGUUUUACUAACAAAACAGUACAGUAGAGUAGAGAUAAAUGAAAAACCUUUGACUUUCAUUCGAAUUAGGCAUAUUCUUUAUAAAAUUGAAAAAGACGCUUAACAAGAAGGCAAGGUUUCCUCGGUUGAAUUUCUUGUUGAAACGUUUUUUUUGUUUUUCUUUCUUUCUUUUUUUUCAUUAUUACUUAUCGUUGUUCAGUUUUGUGUUUAUAUCCCUUUACCUUCUGUUGUUUGUUUGUUUUUCUCAUUAAAAUGUUAUCGUUUUAUUUGUGUGAUGCUUAUUGUUUUCUGUUGGGAUAUUCAAGGAAAUAUCCCAAAAAAUUAUCCUGUUAAGCCUAAUGUUAUCCUUGGGCAUGAAAUAGUAUCAUCUUAUUGGUCAAUAUUUAUUUAACGUGUCAUUUUCCUACUGGCCAUUAUUGUACAAUGUUAUUUUCUAUUUUAUGGUACGUUGUGGUCUGUUUGACUGGUAUAUAAACAAAGUAUGUUUGAAAUAUAAUAAUUCAUAUAUCCAAG